AUGUAUAACACGUUUUUCGAGCAACUAGAGGAGUUUCCCAUUGUGGUAUGCCGGGAGUGUCGCCAUGCCGUGUGGCCCAGCCAGAUUGAAACGCAUUUGCGUCGCGCGCACCGUUAUGUGUCCACCACCAUGCGCGUCACAUUGGCCGAUGAUGUUCGUACAUGGCCCAACAUCGCGCAUGACCCGAUCGAGUUGAAUAUCCCGGCCACCCGGACCACAGCGAUCCAACAGUUGGUCGCGCCCGUUGAUGGAUAUCGAUGUCAAUUGAGUUCCCAUUCGUGCCAAUACAUAUGCACUACCAUGCCCACCAUGCGGCAGCAUUGGAUCAAGCAUCAUCAGUGGUCCCGGACCCGAAAGAUCGGACAGCCCACCCACAUGGAGCAGAAACAGAUUCAGCACGAGCAGGACCAGGCAUGCCGUCCCGUUCAAUGCCAGCGGUUGUUUCCCGUCAAGGCCAACUCGCAGUAUUUUGCGAUUAUUCCCGAGACGGAUGAAGCCGUGGCCCCCGACGGUGAUGCGUGCGAGACGUUAAUCCAGAACAUGCAGGCGCAUUGGCGCAGCGUGCAGGAGGCCGCGGAUCGGAAGAUCCAGGCCGGCCAGGUCGACGAGGCCAACCCGUGGUUACGGCGAACCGAGUGGGUGAAGUAUUUGGGGGAGUUCGACAUCCCCGAUUUGAUACAGAGUGUGAGCCCACCCCCCGCGGAUAUCGACGGCCAGCCGUCCAUCGAGCCGGAAGCCCACGCCAUUUGGACGGCCAUGGCGCGGUUGGCCACGAUCAGCCAGUUGUCCGUGAUUCACCAGAUUGGGGUGUUUGUGCGGUUGGAAGCCAUCCGGACCGAGCAGCAUCAGACGCGGUACACCCCGUUAGAGGCGUACCAGGAUGAGGAGUCAAUCGUGAAGCAGGUGCGGCCGUGGCAGGAGAUGUUGAUGUUUUUUUGGCGUACGCAGCAGCCGCACGAGUGGACCAGUCCCCCGUAUCGAUUCACGCGACGACAGCGCAUGGCAUGGGAGCGGUUGGUCGACGCGGUGCGGAUUCCACCCACCCGCCAGGUGAGCAAGGGUAAGGUGAUCACGCGAUCCGGGGCCACGCGGGCACCGUGGGUGGAGGAAGAGGAGGAAGAGGAGGGGGAGGAGGAGGAGGAGGAGGAGGAGGAGAGAGACACCAUGUCGAUUGAUUCGUUGUCCGUGGACAGCAACGAACCCGAUUUUUUCAAUGAUAGGAGUGACGGGAUAGAGAAGACGAUGGAGGAGACGGCCAUGGGGAGAACGCGCAUCACCCGACGGGAGUACGACAGCGCAUUAGUGUGUGCCGCAGCCGUAUUGGGGGUUCGUGAGGGCGGUUUCCGUACGCCCGAGGAUUACCCGCCCAUUUUAUCGCGAGUGAUCAAGGUCGCGCGGUUCAUGGUGGUGAAGAAAGCCGUCGAAUUGAGUGACGAGCCCGAGGAGGAGGAUGCGGCCGAGUUGCCCAGUUCCAUGGACCACACGGAUUGGGACAGCGCAUAUGGUGGAUCGCCGCCACCCAGUUCGCCAGGCCGCAAAGGAUGUUUGCAGUGGGUGACCCAGAUGAUGGAUCGGUUCAUGGUGCGCGGAUCGCAAGGCCCCACGCAAUGGAUGUUGGAUUUGCGCACAUAUGGGUUGAAGAUCCAUUACAACACGACCAGCGCCGGCCAUGUACAGUGGCAGAAUGGGGACGAGUUAUGUUAUAAGGACCGGCAGUUCACCAUGAAUGAGUUUCGUGGCAUGGUGCACGCGGUGGUCCAGGACGCGCGGCGGAUAUUGAUCGACGACAUAUUAGGAUGCCCGUCCGACGCCGUGCCAGCCAUUCCAUGGGACCGUUUGUAUGACGACCCCAGCAAUAACCAGGCACGAUGGAGUUUUUUACAGGACACCCGAACGCAAUGGCCCGUGGAUGGGGAGCAUUGGAUGUGGCAUCGAAUCCGUCAGGACCCAGCCGUGCGGCGUCGAUUCAUCCAGGCCGACGGGCAAGGGUUUCAUCCGGCGCGAUGGAUGGCGUAUCAGAACCGGAUCACUGCGUUUUUAGAGAAGUUGUUGGUGGCCAUCCAGUUCACAUGGGGUCAACCGGCGCGGGCCCCCGAGUUGUUGAGCAUCCGGCACGAGAACAGUCCCAUGGGUGGGAUCCGUAAUAUGUUUAUCGAGGAUGGCAUGGUGGUAUUGGUCGCGCAGUACCACAAGGGUUACCAAUUGAGCGGCGACGUUAAGAUCAUCCAUCGAUAUUUACCACGCGAGGUGGGUGAGUUAUUAGUGUGGUAUUUGUGGUUGGUGCAGCCGUUCGAGCGGGUGGUCAGUGGAAAUAUAUAUCAACGGGACCAGGUGUCCAGCCAUAUUUGGACCGCCCACCCACACCAAGCGAAAUGGAAUUCCGAACGAUUACGACACAUAUUGCAGCGCGAGAGUGCCAUGGGAUUGCGCGGUCAAUCAUUGCACAUUGCAUCAUAUCGUGAGGUUGCGAUUGCCAUCAGCCGGCGGUAUUUACGCAACAAAUAUCGAUUUGCGGCGGAUGAUGGAGACGACCCCGAGGCCAUGGACGAGGUGCAAUUGUUGGCCGAUGCCGCCGAUCGUCAGGCCGGGCAUGAUCCACACACGGCCGGUGGCAUAUACGCCCGGGAGAGCCGCGAGUUGUUUGGCGCCAUGGCGUCCAUGCGAGAACGAUAUCGUGGUAGCAGUCAGGAUUGGCAUACAUGGUUAGGGUUUGCAUCAUGCCAGCCGCCGUCCGACCCGGAUGCCGAUCCAUUUAGCGCGCCCCCAGCAUCCAGCACAUCGUGGUUCACGGACGAGGCGCAGCGCAGCCGGGAGGAACGGUGGCAGCGGAUGCAGCGCAUGGAUGUCGACCAGGCGUUGCGCGACAUGAUGGGACCGGACGCCGCAUUUCGCGGGCCACAGAAGCAGAUUGUGCAGGCCGUGAUCCAAGGACAGAGCCCGGUCAUCGGCGUGAUGCCCACCGGUGGUGGCAAGAGUUUGUUGUUCAUGUUGCCGGCAUGGAUGGCCCGCGGUGGCACGACGGUCGUUAUCAUCCCAUUGGUGUCGUUACGAGAUGAUUUACAGCGUCGAUGCGCGGAAUUAGACAUUCAAUGUGUCGCAUGGAACAACCGGCAACCCGCCGAUGGUGCAUCGAUUGUGUUAAUCACGCCCGAGUCCGCCGUACGUGACGAAACAUUCAGCACGUUUUUAAACCGCAAGCAGUUCACCGGCCAGUUGGACCGGAUCGUGAUCGAUGAAUGCCACAUCGCAUUGCACGACCAGUACGAUUUCCGCAAGUCGAUGACGCAGUUGGGGCAGUUGGUCCGGUACCGUGCCCCCAUGUUGUUGUUGACGGCGACGAUGCCCCGAGAGGACGAGGAGCGAUUGUGCCAGCGGAUGUAUUUCCCCCCCAGCACCGUGCAUUGGAUCCGCGCGCGUACCAGUCGUCACAACAUUGCAUAUCGGGUGGUCCGCAUUGCGCGGCCGCAGGAGCAUGGCCGACGUGGUGACGUGGGAGCGGCCAUCAUGGCGUGGAUUGAACAGGAGAUCCCGCGAUAUUCGCCCGGCAAGGUGGUGGUGUACGCCAACAGCCGGCACCAGACGGAGCAGGUCGCGGAGGCAUUGGGAUGCGGUGCAUACCAUUCCCACACGAUUGAUCGAGCCGGGAUGUUGAGCACAUUCCGACAGACGCCCAGCGGCGUCAUCGUGGCCACCAGUGCAUUAGGCAUGGGCAUCGAUAUCCCCGACAUCCGGUGUGUGAUCCACGUUGGGCGUCCCCGAUCGUUGUUGGAUUAUGCCCAGGAGAGUGGGCGUGCCGGGCGAGAUGGGCAGGGCAGCACGGCGGUGAUGGUUUUGGACGGUAGUGGUGGUGGAUGGGGGGACCCAGUGACCGAUCGAGAUGCGGGAUCAUUGCGGGCAUUGGAGCAGGUACAGCGGUACAUUGAUCAGCCAUGUCGACGAGGCGUGUUCGAUCCAUAUUUGGAUGGGGAGGUGGAUGGGUACCAGCGGCAGCAGUGCGAGGAGGGUGAAGCGGCGUGUGAUGGAUGUUGUGCGGCAGCCAUACCGGUUGAGACGCAGGCCACAUCACCGACCACGCAGAGUGAGACCCCGGCCAUAUCACCGGCCAGGCGGGUUCAGGUCCAGGCCAGAUCACCAGUCCCGGCACCGGCGCGGUCCCCGAAACGAAAGUUAAGCGAGGCAUUCACCAUGGUGACAAUGCCGCAUGCCCGGCGGAGAGGAUACAACGAGCCAUGGGAGCAAUUACGAUCACACAUCGAGCGUGAGGCGCGAACGGUGGAUUCCAUCCGGGAGCAUUUUGACCGGUGGGUGGGACGAUGCCGGAUUUGCGCGAUGCACGAGGCACCCAGCGAGCAUUUCACGUAUCAAUGUCCCCGGGCCGAAGGCCAACAGGCGGCGGCGUGGAUCGAGGAGACCAUCCGCAAGGUGACCGGGAAUCAACGCGAAGAUGGGAGGAACGGGUAUGAGGAUUAUGCGGUAUGUUUUCAGUGCCAUUCGCCGCAGUGGAUAUGUCCACGAUGGGUUCGUGUCGAUCAUGGUGGAUAUCAGCGUACCAAAGAAGCAUGUCGAUAUUUGGAGACGGCGGCGCACACCAUGGCGCAGUUGUUGCAUGGACCGAUGCGGGAGGUGAUCCAGCCAGCAUGGGAGCGGCGGUUGGCGCAGAUGCCCGGGGGAGGGGUCCCCCAUGAGAACCAGGCCGCGUUGAUUCGUCAUUUUCAGCGGAAGUUUGGAAAACGUGGAGAGGAGCGUAGUGGGUUGGUAGAAGAGAUGACGUGGAUGUGUUCAUGGGUCGACGAUACGAUGCAGGUAGAUGUCGAGAGCAGUGAGGAUUCCAAUUCAAUCAUAAGCCAUAUGUAG